UGUAUUGAAUUUGUGGAUACUGUUUUGUUUGUUUGAAAUAGAUGAUAUUGCUGAUGGAAUUUACACCUGUUUUAAAGUUUUUUAUUUCUCACAGAAACAUGUUUGUUUAUAACUAAAAAUCAAUUGUUGAACAUUUAGUAUCCAUAACAAAAAUAAACAAUAUAACAGUCAGAGUGAGUCCUAAAUAAAGCACAUGGCAGAUCCAGAGAGUUUUGAAGUAAAGAAUGAAGGAUUGGUCUGGUGUUGGAAAUGUGUGAAACGAUGUCUACAGCCUGGUGAUGUCUUGUUUGAGGAGGGAGAUAUCUUCUGUCAGCUUGCCUCAAAAUAUGUACCUGUGGAUGUUAGAAGGGAGAUAACAUAUUCUAGGGUUUCCGAAUUUCAAUGCUGCAUUUCAAAGUGCACCAAAGUGUUUGACAGCAUUGCCAAGUAUGAGAGUCACUACAACAGUUGCCAUAGGAACGUGUGCAGCAACUGCAGUCGGACGUAUCCCACGUCUCAUCUGCUUGACUUGCACAUGCUGGAGACUCAUGACAUCAUGUUUGCCAUGCUAGCUGAAAGACAACCAAUGUUUCAGUGUUUACUGGAGACAUGUGGGUCAAAGUUUCAGGACGCCAAGUUGAGACGCAAUCACAUGAUCAAGCUUCAUCAGUACCCCGCGAAUUACAGAUAUGACCAGAAGAAACACCGAUCUCCCAUGAAGACUGGAAUAAAAGAGGAAAAAGCUUCACACACAGAUGAGACACGAACAAUUGUCAAGGUCACUGACAGUAACACAAGUGACCAAGCCAUAUCCAUGGAAAUAGAUGGAACAACUGCUCAGUCAUGUUUGCCCAACAAUACGAAUCAACCGCAGACACGAGUUUUCAAAUACAAUGUUCCAAAGACGUUAAGUUUUGGCCACGGUAUUUCCCGAGGAUUUCUUCCAGGGAGGAUCAGAGGGCGUGGUAGGGGUCAUAAACCUCGUCAGAAACAUUGGCACAAUGCUGGCUCUGAGGACAUGGAAACAGCUGUGGAUAUAGAACACGUGGACAUGAAGGCACUCAGUGAAGCAUUGAGUUGAUAGCUAAAACAUGGGAAUGAAUGUGUGCACUUUGUGAUUCUUCAAGAUGAAACUUUCAUAGGGAAUCAAAGUAAAACAUGGGGAGAUAAACCAAUUGUACUGCAUUAAGUUGAUUGUUACAAUAUUGGGUAAGUAGCUAAAACAUGGGGAUAAAUGUUUGCUCUUUGUGAUGCCAUGUCAUGGCAUGAAACCGAAGGAAAACUUUGGAAUACUAACCAAUUAUAAUGCAUGGAAUUUGUGCAUGAUCUGGACCAUAGACCAUAAUGGCAUAUUAGUGUAGAAACUUACUAGUUGCAUUUAAGUGAUAAGUAAAUGGUGGACAUGAAUGUGAUAGUGGGUUUAUUAUGAAGAAAUAUUUACUGGUCAUAUGUAUUGUAAGUAAUGCAUUAAUGUGUGUGUGAAAACAUGGACAUUUGUAAUGCUUUGACUGGAUUCUGAAGAAACGAAAAGACGAAGUACUAAAUAAAUAGUAAAAAUGUGUUUACAUGUGUAUAACUGUAUACUGUUUGUCAAUCUGAUGUUGAAAUGUGACUUACAUUCAAUGAAGAAUAAUUUUGUUA